AUGACAACUGUUCUCUGCUUCUCCUUAGGUUUCCUACAGAUGGCGGCCUCUGUUUCCACGUCGCAGCAUGAGUUUGCCCACAGGCCGCAAGGUAUGAACCCUUCCCAUGAUGCACGGCGGGCCCAGGGGCCUCAACCCCCGGGCCAGGGGCCCUCAGGGCAGUAUGGGUCUCCGGGCCCUAGCGAGCGAGACAAGCCCCCACCUCAACACCAGAAGCCCUACUUCUACGUCCAGCCCUCCCAGCCGUACGUCCCCAUGCAGUCCAACAUGCAGUGGCACAUGCCCCUCUCCUACAACCCUUACUACGGUUACCCAGGGUUAGGUUACGCCAUGCAACCUAUGAACACCUAUCCCAUGAAUGGAUACAUGGAGCCGCCGGGAUACGUCAUGCCUCAGAGCCACCUCCAUCUGGUGGACUACAGGCGCAUGCUGAGCCCCCAGUACUACCACACCUUGGCCUAUCAGUCCCGCACGCUCAGCUACCAGCACAGCUCCUCCAAUAGAGACAUGAUCAGCUCUGAAGUGCAGACCGAGCCACUCUCUGCGUCCAAAAAGUCAAACGCCGCUGCUUCAUGUGGUGGUGGUGGUAGGGUCGACACGCACAAUGGCUUCCCUCAAGGCAUACACGAUUGUGCAGAGAGAAACAACCCCGGGCCUGCUCACCUUCUACCCCAAGCCCAGUCUGCAAAGACUGGUGAUCGAUUGGUGGAUCUCAAGAAGACGUCGCCCUCUCCUGUCGGAAAGGCGCCUCAGAAGAGCAGCUUUGUUAUCCAGACCGAGGAGCUUCGGAUCGAGUGCUGCAGUACCGCAGUGGGCCUCGAGGUUCUGCGCUCCCGUGAGACCCAGGAGAUGGAGUUGGCUCACAGAUACGCUGCCCGGGAUCUGGGCCGCUGCGGCUCUUUGAUCACCCCCACUCCUGUGCUGCAGGAAGUGGCCAGGAGUGCUCCAAAAGAGCAGUUGGACAUUGGCCAACAAGUUGUUCCUGACCUUGUGUUAGUUGGCACGGAUUCCUGUGGCACCACUACGGGGACGUUGUCUUGGCGCGAGCCGAAAGCCCAGAUUAAACGCACCGAUGCGUCGCCGGAUUCAGGCUCCAGGGUUGAAGUCAGCGGGGGUGUAGGUCAGAAGACGACCGUAGAGCAAGGACAGAAGCGCAGCACUGACGCUAAUGUAGGCUGUGGUUCCAACGACGGCCUCGUUAAAGUCCUCCACAUGCCCUUUGACCUGGACUACCUGGAUGAGCUCCGGAGCAUGGAGACGACGGUGUGGUCGAUGGAAGAGACGGUCCUUUCCUCCCCUGAUUGGAUGACGCAAACCACUCUAAUAGAUUCACACAUGGACACACUUGUGGAGGAAGUCAAGGAUCCCCGCGAAGAGGACCUGAUGGAUGUUUUCGCUGAGGAGUUUACGAUGGAACAGGUGGUGCCCAUGAUUGAGAUGCCUCAGUCUGAAGAGGAGCUCCUGAUAGAGCUGGGCUCCACUAGAGAUGCCCCCCCUGUGUUGGUCUCGGCCCCUCAACCCGAAGGCCUUGCCUCAGUGGAUACUCGUGACACAGAGGUGGCUUCAACGGCCCAUCUUGUCCACGACUCGGGUGUGAGUCACUCACACAGUUCAGAGUCAGUGGUGGGCCUCCCUGGUACAGGUGACUCAAUUCAGCACGAGUCUGAGCUGACUGACCAGACUUCCUACGAGUCCCUCCCGGCUUUCCUCCCUUCCACUGCUUGGCCGACUGACCAUAGUAACAUAGUGCACCUCAGAGAAAUGCCACAACCCCCCAAGAAACCCAGCAAGUCCCAGAGCGCUCACAACUCGGAAGAGCCAAUCGAGAGACGGAAGCCCAACAAAGAAUCAAAGGAGGCUCACACCGUUCAAAGGCCCAAAGCAGAAAAGAUCGACAAAGCCAACGUCAACAGGCGUAGCGUCUCGGACCACGAAUGCUGUCUCCGGCGCAAUCUAAACGAGAACGCGUUCCCCGCCCGGCGGCCCCGACUAGAGCGCCUCUGCAGCAGAUGCCUGGCCAAUCGCAGCGGCUGCCCGACGGUCAGUCCGGGAUCGCAAUCGGUGCAGAUCUACAAAAGAAGAUGCCCCACUCCCCUCCAGCCAUGGCUGCAGGGCUGCGUGCUACCGACGUGCGAAGCCUGCAAGAUGCUGGCGAGGAAGAGGCUGAUGCUUCGCCGUGGCACCAGCUCAGACGUCUGCGGAUCCGGCUGGCAAGACGCCGCAGGGGGCGAGACCUCCGAGAACGGUUCCGUUCGAAGGGUGCCAAAGUGGUCGGGGCUUGAUGACCCCAGGAGAGCGUGCGCUGAAUCGAAGAGACACCCGGUGACCUCCAGGAACCGAGCUGAGAAGUGUCCUCUGGCGUUCGGGGAGAGGAACUGCGCUUGUGAUGAGCACAGAGUCCCUGGUUGGGACGGGCGGAGCAGGCAUGGAACUGGGAACGUCGUACAGGAGACCGACGAGAACGGCGUCUUGCCAGUGCGUUCCCAGGACAAGUGGGGAGGCGUGGAAAGAAACAACGGAUAUAAAUGGAAAAAUGAGAAAUCAUUCACAUCAAUGGUGUUUAAUCGGAACAUGGCUGGCCACAAGGAUGCGGUCAUAUCACAGCACUUGAAUAUACAGAAGAAAUCACAGCCACUAUCACAAGGAACUCACAGAAAAGUAACAAGAUGCUGAUUUUCACAAGAGCACAAUCACUUGAACACGUGCACAAAUAAUUUAACCUUGACUCACAUUGUUCACUAUUUAUUGCGCACUAUUUAAAUAAACACCUUUUUACUACA